CCGCCCCCUUGUCAUGUUAGUUCAGUUGUCGUUCAGUGCCAGUCGUUUAAUUAAUUAUUAACAGAUUUUUGAUUAUGUAACUCAUUCAGAGUUUCUCUGGACUGGUUUUAGACACUAAUCCAGCAUGUUGGUCUCCAGACCGGCGAAAGAAGAUAAAACUGCGAGGAUUGAAGCAGUUCGGGACUGAAGAAACCGAAACAACGAAAAUGACGUUAAACGCCGAGGUGAACCGCGCGAGACUCAUGAAGUUCGUUUCCGCCGCGUUUUACGCCUUCUGCUCGUUUUUUAUCAUCGUGGUCAAUAAAAGCAUUUUAACUGAGUACAAGUUUCCCUCGUUUAUGUUUCUCGGAAUUGGGCAGAUGACAGCUACAAUCAUCAUUCUCUACGUUGCCAAAAUGAGCAAAACCAUCCAAUUUCAGGACUUUGACAAAAGUAUUCCAGGGAAGAUAUUUCCCUUACCAUUGCUGUACAUGGGGAACCACGUGACAGGACUGGGCGGGACUAAGAAACUCAGCUUACCCAUGUUCACUGUGCUCAGAAAAUUCACCAUUUUACUCACAAUGAUCAUGGAAUCCAGGAUACUGAGGAAAAGCUUCGCUCGGCCGCUGGUCUGCAGCGUUCUGGCUAUAGUUGUAGGCGCUCUGGUGGCAGCCAGCUCGGACCUGUCCUUCAAUGCAGAAGGAUACACGUUUGUUCUGCUCAACGACGUCUUCACGGCCGCCAGCGGAGUCUACACCAAGAAGAAGCUGGGGAUGGAGGGUCUUGGUAAAUAUGGGGUUUUGUUUUAUAACGCUUUUAUCAUUAUCAUCCCAACGGUGCUGGCGAGCGCUUACACCGGAGAUCUACAGAAGGCUCUGAGUUUCGAAGGAUGGAUGUCUGUUACGUUCAUAUUUCAUUUUUUAUUGUCUUGUGUCAUGGGGUUUAUUUUGAUGUAUUCCAUCAUCCUCUGCAGUUUCUACAACACAGCACUAACUACCACAGUCGUUGGGGCAAUUAAAAACGUGGCUGUGAUGUAUAUUGGCAUGUUCAUCGGUGGAGACUACAUCUUCUCAUGGACGAACUUCCUUGGUCUGAACAUAUGCAUCUCGGCUGCUCUGAUUUACUCCUACAUCACGUUUCACAGCGGCUCCGAGUCGAACGUCAAAGCGGCAGAAGAUCCCCCGAGCGUUCACGUCACAGAGAGUCAUCUGGAGGAGAAAACGUGAUGCUCUGCCUAUCGAAUGCAUUAUUUUAAAAAUCCCUCGCUGCUCGGAAAACCAGGAGUUUCACGUUACUUCAGUUUCUCUUGUGUACUUCUUUUAAUAAAUAAACACAAAUGCAUCAACCA